AUGGCUAAUGGUGAAGAGCGCUUUCUCAUUUCUCAAACAGUUAAAGAAGAUAUCCUAACAAAUCCAGUAGAUCUAACGUUACAAUUCCCUGAUCAUCUUCUCCAUUCCAUAUUUUCCUGCCUUAAUUUUCACGAUCUACGCCAUGUCCGCCUUGUUUGCAAAAAGUGGCAUCGGAACACCCCAUCACACUUGGCUUUAAACUUUAAUGAAUCCGUCUUCCGUGAAAAAAAUCCAACUACAUACUCGGAAAACGAGUAUUGGAAUUCAAUCCGUUUUUCUCUCGAUGCUUCUAAAAAUAAGUUGAUCAAUGCUGAGAAAAGAGCAUUGCGUGUUCAAUUCAAUGAUUGCGGGGAUCUCCACGAUAUAAUGAAAUUGCUCGACGGAAACGAUUUCCACGAGGUUUAUUUGAAAAUUGAGUCAUUUCGUUCAUGCUGCUAUUACUCCUAUUUGCCCUAUAUUUUUCAGUCGAAAUGUCUUACUAUUCUACAUUUAACUAACUGUGAACUUGAAAAGCAUGUGUUAUUAUGUGGAGAAGAAAUAAUUCCAUCUUUGCAAGAGUUGAAAUUGGAAGGCGUUACUUUAUCUGAAGAAAUACUAUCCAAGUUUAUUAGUAAGUGUCCUAAUAUUAGAGAAUUGAGUUUGAUGUUUUGCUGGGGGAUAAGCUUUAUCGUAUUAACUAAGUUGGAUCAUUUGAAGAAGCUUUAUGUAUACCUUAGUUAUUUUCAUUCUUUUACAAACAUACAAGUUGUUGCUCCGAGUUUACAAGUUUUCCAUUUCGUUUUACGGAGUUACGAAAGCAGAGGUGUUCCUGUUAACAUGGAUAUACGCUCUUGUAAAAUGUUGCGAGAAUUUCACUUGGAUUGUUGGAAAUUUCCUAAUGGUCUUGAUCCUGACAACUUCUCUUCAGAUUUUCCUCAUCUUGAAACUUUGUUAAUGGGACCUUGUCAAACAGAGAAGCCUAUCAAAAUUUCGGGUUCAUCCCUCAGAAAAUGGAUCUUGUCCUUCCCACAACUAUAUGAAUGUUCAAGAAGAAGUAUAGAUUCAUCUCCUAAUUUGUCUUCUUUCCAAUAUAUGGGUUCAACAUUUCAACCAUAUUUAGCUCCUCCAAGUGAGCUUUUAGAGAACAACAAUAAUAUUGUAUUGGUUCCUAAAGUCCAUGAGAUCAUGAAUAGAGCUUGGUUCCACAAAUUGAGAAGUCAUCUUGAGAAUUUUAGCAACUACAAUACAACAUUGGACUUAUGCGUUCGUGAAGAGACAAGAUCAUGUGGACAUCCUAAAGGCAAGCCAAGUGGACGAGCUCCUACACAGCCGCUACAUCAUAUCAAACACUUAAUGGUAGACAUGAAGAAGCUCAAAUAUCAACAGGAAUAUUUGAUGGGAUAUAUUAUUGAUAACUUACUUUGGAUGUCUCAUCCAAACACAUUGACUCUAUCAAUACCAGCUAGUUUUUCUCCAACUGCAUGGGAAGUAAGCAAGAAGUUGUUUGGUAGAGGGGAUCGCAAUUGUUGCUCAGGUACUCAAGACAAGUGUUGGCGCCAUUUCUUGAAACAUUUCGAGAUUAAAAGAGAAGAAGAAAAAGAAAAGUCCAAUGUGCUAAGCUUCCCCUAUGUCCAUCCAGGAGCGGUUAAAGAAGAUAGUGAUGAAAAGAUGGACAAGUUAAUUUUCGCAUUUACUUGGAAAUCCAAUAGAUAG